AUGCAUAGGCUGCUUUUCCUUGAAGAGCUGCAAAAUCCUCCCUCUGUGCGGUUCCUAGCACCGCAGACCUCCCGAGUGCCACCACGGCCUCCCCAGACAGAGGCUGCAUCCCGCCUUUCUCUAAGUACACGGUGCUCUCUGAUCCUUGGAAUUCAGGAUACUCCAAGAAAAUUCCCCAGUAGAACAGGUCAGGCACCAAUGGAAAUGUGGAGCAGCAGCACUGACAAGUUUUACAGGAUCCCCGAAGGAAAGGGACCGCACUCAGUAGGAUGUACAGACCUGAUGACAGAAAAUGCAGUUGAGGGAAGCUUUUUGCGCCUGUAUUAUCCAGCAUGCGACGCCACAGAUAUCGAAGAGGCACGAUGGAUUCCAGACAAAGAAUACUAUCAGGGUCUCUCUGACUUCCUUAAUUUGUACCGAAUUGUAGGAGAAAGGCUUUUCCAUUACUAUGUGGGUUCGGUGACCUGUCCUGCAAAGUCAAAUGCUGCUUUUAAGCCAGGAGAAAAAUACCCACUGCUCGUUUUUUCCCACGGACUUGGAGCUUUUCGGACAAUCUAUUCUGCUAUUUGCAUUGAGAUGGCUUCUCAGGGCUUUAUAGUGGCUGCUGUGGAGCACAGAGAUGAAUCUGCUUCAGCAACAUAUUACUGUAAAAGAAGGUCCGUUUCUGAAUCACAGGAAGAGUCUAAGUCAUACAUGGAGAAGGAGUGGAUCUACUACAGGAAACUAAAAACUGGAGAGGAGGAGCGUUGCUUGCGCCAUAAGCAGGUGCAGCAAAGAGCACAGGAGUGUAUCAAAGCUCUCAAUCUCAUUCUCAAAAUCAAUUCAGGAGAGGAAAUAACAAAUGUACUACAUUCAGACUUUGACUGGAAUAGCCUAAAGGAUUCUGUUGAUACUAGCAGAAUAGCUGUGAUGGGACACUCUUUUGGUGGUGCUACAGUUAUUGAGAGUCUCAGCAAAGAAAUAAGAUUCAGGUGUGGCAUUGCCCUCGAUGCGUGGAUGCUUCCUGUAGGUGAUGACAUUUACGAAAACAGUGUCCAGCAGCCGCUGCUUUUUAUCAACUCUGAAAAGUUCCAGUGGGUUGAUAACAUCUUAAAGAUGAAGCAGCUCAUCUCCAGUGACACAAACAAGAAAAUGAUCACUAUCAAGGGGUCAGUACAUCAGAGCUUUCCUGACUUCACCUUUGUGAGUGGAGGAAUCAUAGCAAAAUUUUUCAAAUUAAAAGGAGAAAUAGAUCCAAAUGAAGCUAUUGAUAUCAGCAAUCAUGCUUCAUUAGCCUUCCUGCAGAAACAUCUGAUGCUUAAGAAAGAUUUUGACAAGUGGGAUUCUCUUGUGGAUGGCAUAGGACCCAAUGUUAUUCCUGGAACCAAUAUUGACGUAUCUCCAGCCGAACCUGAAUAA